GCCUGAGAACCAGCGAAGGCCGCACCGAAACAGCCAAGACUAAUGCUGCAGUGGCAUAAUCGUAAUAUACCAACACUGGAGGCCCAUUAUUGCCAACUGGGAGACCUAUAUAGACUGAAAACAGAGGCUUUCCAGUUUUCUUCUUCUUUUAUCAGCCAAAGAACUGGUGUCUCGUUUCCCACUGCACCUGCUUUGCUUUUGCUAUACGCUUUCACUCUCAAUUCUAUUCGAAGAACUCUUCUCUUCUUUCUUGUAGUUGAAUCGUCUCGUUGUCUGCUGUUCUUCGUGCUGUUACGAGGUGAAGAGUUGUAUUCGAUACGAUGGAUGAUCGGAAGGAGAAAACUGCUCCAUGGCUUUCAGUGCCACAGUUUGGAGAUUGGGACCAAAAGGGACCGCUGCCGGACUACUCCCUUGAUUUUUCUAAAAUUAGGGAAAAUAGGAAACAGAACAAGAGAGAUGUGUCUAGGGCGAGUCUCGGAAAUGAAGAGGAGCUCAUUGCCUCAGCCACGCCCCCAACCGUAACAGACUCUUUUCCUACUGAAAAUCACCACCCCUAUCAUCAGAGUCACCAUCCUCCACCAUUCCAAUUGAAGUUAAAUAAACGGUGGUUGAGAAAUUAUUGGGUGUGUUGCUAUAUUGUGGCUGAUCUCCCAUGACCUUUAGAUGUGUCGUCUUAGGCAAAAUUUCUUGGUUUCAAUUGAAGGGGACGUGAUCGUGUUUUGGAAGGUCAGCCACGUUAUGACAGCUAACUCUAAUAAUUUCUAGACCACUCUUGGUUUAUAUUCUGUUGAUGUGUGCUUUUCAUUGUCCGUAUGUUUUAUUGCAUUAAACAAGAAUCCUUGGCCACAGAAUACCACAUUAAUUACUUUUGAAAAAUCGACUUCUAAAUUCAAAAGGAUGAAAGGCCGGUUGCCUAGUCAGAUAUAGAAUGAAAUAAGCAUGAAAAUUUGUUACGAUCCCGUUUUAUUCUAUUUUAUCAGUUACAUUAUGUUUUAGGAUUUAAUUGGUUUCGGCAUUUAGAUUUUAAUCUGGUUAUGUGAGAGAGAAAUAAAUUGUAUGAGGGAUGGGGAAAGAGCGAGUCUUAGAGGGGAAGGAGGAACUAACUACACAGACAGUGCAAAACUGCAAACAUGGGGAGUAAUAGGAUGGAGGUCGGGUUCCAAAGCUUUGUAUUUUCUUUUCUUUUCUUUUCGGGUUUUCACUCCUUUUUGUAUCUUUUUCAUUUCAUCAGUGAAAAGUUAGUAUCGUUUCCGAAUCUGUCUUCCAGUAUUAGAUGAAAAACCACGGGUUAGUUCAGUUGAAUUUGUGUAACCUCCAGCUCAAGUGAUUUGGGCUCUUACCCAAAUCUCAUUUUUGAGGUUCAAACUCAUUCAAAUGAGUGUUCCAUCUUCUAAAAUUUUACUUGAAUAUGAGGUAAUAUCAAAGUGUGUCCAUUUUCGGCUGAUUCUCAUAUACUUUCGGGUG